CUCAUCUGCCACUCCUUUCUUUUUCCACAAUGUAAGUUGUGGGUAAAAUUACAUUGACUAGCUAGCUAGGCCUCAAGUCACUUUUCGCACCUAAUUAAUCUGAUUCAACUUUGUAUCUCAUAAAUGUAUCAGCCAAUAUAUAUAUAUGGUGUUAUCUUUGCAGAGUGAAAACUUAUACUUUGUCAUGUCCGUAUCAGCCAAGAUAUCAUCAAUGGUGAAGCAAAUUCCAUCAGUGACCACUCUGCUCCUUCUCUUCUUCUUCAUUUUAAGAGAAGUGGAAGGGGCUGAAAGGUUAGGUGAGGUAAAACUAUUUGUUUUUGGAGACUCUUAUGUUGACACGGGGAAUUUGGUGAACUCAAUUUCGUAUAAGCCUCCCAGUGGAAUUACUUUUCCUGGUACACCUGCUGGAAGGUUCUCCGAUGGUCGUGUCCUCACAGAUUACAUUGCUUCAUUUUUGAAAAUAAAAUCCCCGACACCUUAUGUAUUUAGAAAUUCCUCAGAACUACAAUAUGGUAUAAACUUUGCUCAUGGAGGAACUGGUAUUUUCAACACUUUGAAUGAAGGACCAAACAUGACUGUCCAAAUUGACUGGUUUGAGAGGGUAAUCCAACAAAAGAUCUACACUAAAACCGACCUUGAAUCUUCUGUUGCUCUGGUCAGUGCUGCUGGAAACGACUAUGCUACAUUUCUACAAAGAAAACAAGGAAGCAUGCGAGACAUACAUGUUUUUACUGCAUCACUUAUCCAGCAAAUGUCUAUAAAUCUGAGACGCAUCCACGGCUUGGGAAUAAAUAAAAUAGCAGUGGGGUUAUUAGAGCCUAUAGGGUGCAUGCCUUUGCUAACUGCGGCAUCUUCCUAUGACAAAUGCCUUCAACCUCUUAAUUUCAUCUCCCAAAAUUACAGUCAAAUGCUUCUCCAAAUUGUGCAAGAACUUAACAAGGAAUUGGGAAAACCAGUCUUUGUGACAUUGGACUUAUACAACUCUUUCCUCUCUGUACUUGCAACUAUGCAGAAAAGGCGUUCUGAAGACCCAACAUUGAUGAAUCCACUGAAACCAUGUUGCGAGGGACUGAGCACGGAAUAUUACUGUGGAAGUGUGGAUGAGAAAGGAGAAAAGAAAUAUGGUUUGUGUGAAAAACCAGAGUUUUCAUUCUUUUGGGAGGGAGUUCACCUUUCUCAUAAUGGUUGGUAUGGAGUAUACACCAUGUUGUAUUCUUCUCUCCGCAACCUUAUUCAGACAAAACUUUGAUCUUUAAGGAAUUUAUGCUAUCUUAUCCUUACAAACAUUACAACUGGGUUAUUCACAGAUAAUGACAAAGGAAAAUAAACAUGUAAGUUUAAAUAUGUUUUUACUACAUAGUUUUUAAAUUAUUAA